UAAUUUUCUGUCUUUUUUGUCACACAAAUUUGGGCAUAGCAAUCUCUUCCGUUGCGGCCUUUGCCAAUUCGUCGACCCAACAAACAUACAGUCGAUUCAAUUUCGCCGGUUUACUCAGUCUGAGGGGUGAUCGUCCCGCAUUCCAAAACAGUACUUUCCUCACUACUCUUACCCUCGAUGGCGUUUCCCAGUGCGAACCUUGCCAAUGGAUUUCAAGCUCCUUUGGGGAAUUACUUUCAUGGUUCCCCUCAGUUCCAGGGCCAAACUGGUGCCCAACAAUCCCCCGCCUAUCCAGUAUUUCACCCUGCCGCUAUGGCUGCAGUUGCUGCAGCUGCAGCCGCCGCUGGAUACUCACAUCAGCUGGGUACUCGUGUUGUGGGUUCCUCCUCUCAGAACAACGGAGCACUCAACUUGACGGCAACUACUGGAUAUCCAGGAGCCUACCCAUUUGGCUGCACAGAAGCCGGUCGUGCAACCUACUAUUCAGGCUUUGGUUGGCAGCAACAUAGUGCCUACCCUGUUCUAUCAGCAACAAACAGCCUGGGCAUUUCAAAACCCGCUUUCCAAUUCCCGUUUACGAGUUCUUCCGUUGCUCAGUUUUCCGGGGCCACCAGUUCGUCCAAUCCUGCACCACCUUUUAGUCCUCCACAAACCUCCACCAGUGCAGGAAUCGAAAUUCAUCGCUCGAACUUGAGUAGCCUUGGUGGCAAUCGACCCCACUCCCGUAGUUCGAAGACCCAGGUGCCGAAGCCUUCACACAGAGUUCGACCAAAAAAGACAGUUAAUCCGGAUGAGGCAGCGAAUCGUAAACGUCAGGAGUUUGAUGAAUUGGUCAAGGCUCGGACUGAAAAGUUAUUAUCAGAUGGUCCUGUAUACACGCCUCCGGGUUCCGGUCCUCUAUCUUCUUCCAGUUCUGGGGGCGGAUCCACAUGCACCGGGAAUCCAGCGGGCGAUCCUUCUAGCCCAAACUAUAAGAAGCUUAUUGAAGCUGUUCUGGAUGCGAAGAAAUCCGAAUUACUUCGAUCCCCAUCUGUUUGUGCUUAUUUAGAAUCUCGACAGCGCGCCCUCGCUGAAUUUAAACGUCGGACUGAACUAUUCUGUGUUGACUUGGGCAAAUGAGUACACAGCUACCUACCACUUUGUUUACGUCCAUUCGAAUUUCUACAUUUUUUAGCUAUUCAACACUUACACAGCUCUUUAUUACUAUAUUUUUGUAUUGUAUUAUAGUUGUUGUUUG